GUCAAUUUCGCGUCUCGGCGUCGGUCGAAAAACAUCGCGUUCUCUUGAUGCACGGCAUUUUCGUGUGUUCCGUGCACGGGACGGGUGUCGGGUGUCCUUGAUGUCCGAAGUGCCUUUCAGCACCCGGGACAUCAAGGAGCGUCGAAAGGGAGCGUCGUGGGAUCGCCGCGAGGAAUUCGUCGAGACCAGAGUGAUUCCGCUUGGCUGCGAUAUUCGCGUUACGGUAGCACAUGUCCGUCACAUUAAUCACCGGAGACGCGUGAUACCUUGCAAGAUUUUCAUGUCGACAAAUGACGUCGGAAGCCGGCCUAAGGAUUCCCAUUGUUUUAAUCGUUGAAUUAAUCACCGAUCAGAUUAAUCGGAGUUUCGUCGAAAUCGGUGAAUGCCGGAUGAAUCUACAGUUCAAUUGAUGCGCACGAAUCGCGAUCUGAUACAUCUUUCUACAUCCGUGAUUGACGUCGAUCGACGAGAAAUUCGUUUACGAAUUUGCGCGCUUCGCGAAUGUGUCCGCGAGUACGUGUGUUGGAGUACAUCAAAGGAUCGUGGCGGUGGAUUAUACAGAGGCGAAACAUUUCGGGUCUACAACAUGUCGCCUGCAACAUCGGAUGACAGACGGAAAGCCAGAGAGGGAUUCAACGAGGGAGUCGGGCGGACGAUAAUUUAAAGCGCGAGGCUCGCGUGCAUGCUCCGCCGCGAAUGCCCCAUAGAAUCACGAAAUAUUACUACGCCCGGAACUUCAAACAUCUCUAAAUAGACCUGGAUUAGCGAAGAGAUCGGAGGGGAGAAUUAAUUCGUGAGAGCGUGCAAGUUGAACGAGAAAUUUACGUAAACAUGGAGACUGGAUCUACACAGGGUAAAAAGCAAAUCCGCGUCGGAUUUUACGACAUCGAAGGAACGAUCGGCAAGGGAAACUUUGCCGUUGUAAAACUGGCCAGACAUCGAAUCACGAAAACAGAGGUCGCUAUCAAGAUAAUCGACAAAACUCAAUUAGAUCCUACCAAUCUAGAGAAAGUGUAUAGAGAGGUCGAAAUUAUGAAGCAGCUGGAGCAUCCGCAUAUCGUCAAAUUAUAUCAAGUUAUGGAGACGAAGAACAUGAUUUACAUGGUGUGCGAGUACGCGAGCAAGGGCGAGAUAUUCGACUACAUAGCGCGAUACGGAAGAAUGGGAGAGCCCAGGGCACGCGCGACAUUCGCUCAGAUACUCUCCGCGGUCGAGUACUGCCAUGUGACGGGUGUGGCGCAUCGUGAUCUGAAAGCGGAGAACCUGCUGCUCGACGCCCAGAUGAAUGUGAAAAUCGCCGAUUUCGGCUUCAGUAACCGAUUCGCCCCGGGGGAACGUUUGAGCACGUGGUGCGGCAGCCCGCCCUACGCCGCUCCCGAGGUCUUUCGCGGCAAGCAUUACGCCGGACCGGAAAUCGACGUGUGGAGCCUGGGCGUGGUGUUGUACGUGUUGGUGUGCGGUGCACUGCCCUUCGAUGGAUCAACCCUUCAGUCAUUAAGAGAUCGCGUGCUAAGCGGCAGAUUUAGAAUUCCUUACUUUAUGAGCACAGAUUGCGAAAGCCUAAUACGUAAGAUGUUAGUGCUGGAGCCUUCCAAACGAUACACCAUUCCACAAAUCAAGAGGCACCGCUGGAUGGCGGGGACGGCAGAUAGCAUUUGUUCAGUGAUCGUAACGCGGCCAUCGUCAUCCAUUCAGGAACCAAAUGAACAAAUACUUCGGCUCAUGCACAGUUUAGGAAUAGACAUCAGUCGCACCAGAGAGUCUUUACGAAAUAGCAGCUACGACCACCAUGCCGCUAUUUAUUUCUUACUGCUGGAAAGAUUGAAGCAACAUCGUGUCAGCAGUACCAUUAAUAAUGCCUGCUGGUCCACAGUUGCAAGAACAAAGGAAGAUAAAUUUAAAUCAAGAGCAAGAGAAGAUGGCGGCAGAGGGGGAAAAAGAUUCAGCUCGACGAGUUCUUCGACCGAUGAAGGUUGUUGCAGCGCGGAGGGUGAUUUAGAGGAAGGCCCAAGCGGAGACGAGUUGCGCGAGGCGCAGAUCAAGCUCGAGGAGCAUAGAUUAGGCCUAGAUCACGAUAUCAGUCAACGAAUUGACAGUCAGAUAGUCAAUCGAAGAUUAAGUGAUUAUCAACAUCAUUUUGAUAACCCGCUUAUGGAUCCUAUUGAUCCACCCAGCCGAACGACUUUGUUCAUGGCAGGCGGCAGCGGUAGCUCGUCGUCGGAACUCUUCGAGUCUAGCUUCGAUUCUGGCUGCCCGCCAGAUUAUACAGGGACGAAUUGUUUCACGAGCAGCUUACCAUCAUGCACGCCGCCGCCACCCAAGAGUCCAUCCCCUAUCACUGGUCGAAUAUCCCGUGUCUCUCAGGGACGAAGAGCGUCCGACGGUGGACCUAGAUUACUAUUCUGUCAGCAGGGUGUCAGCGACCGACCAUCCAAGCAGAGGAGUAUUCAAGAUUCGGGAAAAGCUCGUGGCCACCUGGAUCUAGUCCAUCUUAGACCACCGUCCACACCGCCCGAUAAUCAACAGCAAUUUAAGAUACGCGGCGACUCGGGCACGCAGCUGCAGCUCCUAGUGCAGCAGCGUAUGCUGCAGCAAAAGCGUAAUUUGUAUCACCGGCACAGAGGCGGCGGUAGUCCGACCCCGAUCCCCGUGUCUACCACCGGCAACACCAGCAGACGUGCCGAUCACGUACCGAGGCAAGACAGCUACAAGCUGGCGCAGCGUACACAGAUCUUGCCGCCUCUCUCUCAGGGACACGUCGACAGAGAUAGAAAGCGAGACGAGGAGAGGUGGAAGAGUCUACCGUCCCGCUUGGCAGCGGACUGCCAGUUGGCGGAGAGGUCGCUAAUAUGGAGCCAGCAGGUGGGUCUUAGUGGAGGUGCGUCUUACUUACCACCUGGCAGCGUAGGUGGUUUCUUGUGGCCCGCCACCAGCAAUCCACAUUCAACCAUCUUCGAAAAUGUAGGGGAUGCAAUGGAAUAAAUUUCUGCCCUGUGUCGUUAUUAGUAAUUGCCUCGAGAUCUUGCGUAUGAAAAGUCGAGCUGAAUUAUUAUAUCAACUCUCUCAGCAGUGUUCCCUCCCUAGUCUUUCCACGUUGACUUUUAUUAACAUAGUUGCAUAUCAUUUUGCAUUCCGAUAGAGAGACGCUAAGGUAUAACGAAGAAUUUAAUGACGUUUCACUCAUCUAUAAUAAUUAUAUAUCUUUACAUACUCAAGAUCUCCUAUUAGAUGUAUGGUACAUGUUACUGAAUGCCAAAGAUUUACAAUUUUGUAUUUCUAUUGGUCCGACACGUUGGUACUCGGAGGAUUUGGCGGAGGUGCUAAAAGAAGAAAAAAAAAUGCGAUACAAUGUUCCACAUGAUAAUCGUUCGCAUAUGUACUAAUUCAAAGUUACACUGUACGCUAUUGUACUUGUAACACAUCUGUGCAUGAGUACAUGCACAGAAUGUGCAAAAAAGUUCUCAUGCCGAGAGGAAUCUUUAUCAUACAGUAACACGUGUACCUGCCUUAUUAAAAUGACUGAAUUCUACCAGUCAAAUAUCCAAUUAUAUCAUAGACUGAUAAUUAACAAGCUGAAACACCAACCGAGUUUAAUCGAAGAGCAAGUGGCAUAUGACUUGCUUCACGAACUCCGCUAUUGAGAGCAUGAACGAGAAGAAGGGAGAGAAAGAGAGAGAAAGAGAACUGUUGGGACUUUUAAAUAUUGGGGACUCUUUAACUGAGACGGAUUCAGGUAGGACUUAGAGCUAUGCGGCUUAGAGCACGUUCAUUUUUUCGUAAUCGCUCGUAUGUAUAAAACGAAUAACGGAAUAUUACGAAUUUACGCGAUAUAAAAUCCUUAGAGGAUAUUCUGUACUGCCAAUGAGUGAGAGAAACGCGAAUGCUCAAGUUGUUGACGAGAUAUUAUAAAUAGCGUUAUAGAAUAAAGUAUAAGAGAAAAACGAGAUAUCGACGAAAUAGGGAGGGAAAGCGACUGAAAUAGGAUUAAAGUUCUUUUGAUAGCGGAGCGCAAGUACUAUGCCAUUUUUCGCUUUUCAAUUAAUUUAAUCGAAGAGUGGAAAUAACGACGCGGAUUAAAGAGAACUCUUUCGUUACGUUUAUCCGAAUGAACGUUCCAUUGUACAAAAUUAGAGAUGUUUUCCUCUUCCACUCUUCACGAUGGUGACCAUAGAAAAUAGAGAAAAAAUAAUAAUAAUAAACGAAAAACAAUAAUAUUAGCGGUUAAAUAGUAGCUAAUGUGUCAGAGAAGUGCUGCAUUCUGUAAAGAUGUUUAAAUAAAAUCAUUUACUACGAUCAUUUUCUACAUAAGCAUAAGUUAACUGCAUUUUUUUUUUGUAUAUGUUAUCUCUUUCUAGAAAACAUUUAUAGCCACUGUAUUUAAUAGCUGCACUACUUUUAUACAAGUAUCUUUCAUGAAAUCGUUCACUGAUAUCCUCUAAAUAUUGAUUUCGUCUAAACGGGAUAUUUUCUAUUUUCGACAGCUCUGUUUUAUGAGCUCCUCUUACGUAAUUAUAAUUAAUUAGGAGAAACAUUGACGAGAAACAAUAAUUACGAGACCGUUUGUACAUUUGAUAUGAAUACAGCACUUUAAAAAAUAACAAUAUAUACAUACAUAUAUUAUUAGAACCUAGUGAUCUAGUCAGUAGCAAGCAAUACCGGCCGCGCACAACUGACAACGACUUUACUAUUCAAAUUUUUCGCCAUUUUUUACCCGACAGGAAACAAUCAAACUUCGCUCAAAAGUCUUUUGAUAAGUGAGACGUAACUGUUAAGUUUAGCCUAAUCGCAAACGAAAUCCACUAUCUGCAAACGGACAUCGACGCAAAAGUAUCCAUGAAUCUCAGGAAUUGAAAAUCAAUUUCGGCGAAUUGUUGCGAAUUCUUAUACACCUGUCUUUUCCCCGGACUCACGUGAAACUCUUCGGAAGAUUUGCGUAAAAAAUAGAAAAAUCCACUACGAGGUUUGGUAGCAAUAAUAAAAUGAUUUCACCUGCCCAUCGAAAUGCAAACUCAGCUAUAUACGACUACGACGGAAGAUUCUGCGACAAUUUACAUGUGAUACUACUUGUUUUAUAUGUAAGCUAUCGUUUUAAGAAUAUGUAAUCUGUUUGAAAACAAAGACUAUACAAUCCGUUUUGCGGAAGUAAUUAUUUGCUAUCAAGCACUGACUGCCAUUACAGACAAUUUGUCAUAAAGAAGGGAAAAAAAAAUAAAGAGAGAAACUGACCUGAGAGGGAGAGACGGUCGCGUAAACAAUGAUAUACAAUGAGUAGCAAAUUUCGUUUUUCAUGCUCCUAGCAAAGUGCGCACAUACUACCACUUCAACAGUCAUAUACGAUAGUAAGUAGUUACUUUUUGUAAAUUACAAAAAUUGUCGACAUAUGUAUACAUGCGAGUUCUAAAUAAAACAUAUGCAGAUUGA